UGAUCCGUUCUGCUCAAAGUCUUGUUCUCGGCGAGGAGAUAAAACCUCAAUCAGAAAGGGCAUCGUAUGCUUGGAAAGAAGAUGCUUGUGAGUCUUGAGUGUCUUCAUUGUUUACUCUAUUGCACUAUACCUAGGUACUAUUGGACAGGGCUAACAUUUGCGCUGAUGCUGAUGGCUGCCUACACGGGCAAGGCACACUGAACGACUUGAGAUUCAUCCCCACGGCCCACAGUGACAACUCACUUACUGUACAGUACCUAUCACGCCGGGGGUGGGAACAGCAGCAAAGGAUAUACAUCCGAUUCAUCUACCAACCGUGUUCAUUUCACUUCCUCACCCUUACCUUCGUCUCUUGCCCAUUCCCCAUAGUCAUCAGCAAGAUGUCCACGCCGCAGACGCCGUCGCGCAAGCUAUUCAUCCAAAUGUCCGGCACACCAGGGUCCGGGAAAAGCACGCUAGCGCGACUCCUCGGACGCGCCCUCGGCGGGGUGGUCAUCGACCACGACGUGCUGCGAUCCGCCUUUCUCGAACCCUCCACACGCCUCGCCUUCGAGCAGGCGGCAAAACACGCCUACCGGCUCCAGUCGACGCUGGCCCAGGACCUGAUGGAGCAGGGCGGCGUGGCCGGGAUCAUCAUGGACAGCCCGUGCAACUUCCGGGAGGUCCUUGACCAGGGCGCGGCGCGCGCCAGACAGCACGGCUACGAAUCCUGGUACGUCGAGUGCAGAGUGCAGGAUGCCGAGCUGCUUGACAGGCGGCUGCGCGGCCGUGUCCGGCCGAUGGCGAGCCAGCGCUCGGGGAUCGAUCGGCCUCCGGCGGGUGCGGUUGCGCCCGCGGCGAGGGGUGCUGCUGCUGUUGUUGGCGAAGACAAGAUUGAAGGGGAUGGCGAUCGAGAGACGUUCGGGAGGUGGAUGAAGAACCCGUGUCGGCCGGAGGAGAAUGUUGUCGUGGUGGACUCGACGGGAGACCCGGAGAUGCUGCGAGACUAUGUCUUGGAGCGCAUUCUAGGUUGACUAUUUAUAAGAGCCUAUAAAGGCGUGUCCUGGUGGGGUCUUUCAUGAGGCAGA